CUCUCUUAUCCCCUGCAUUGGAGCAAUGCUGAUCUCUUCUCUGCCUCUCCUAACUACAGCAUGGAGAUCAUUGGGAAUAUAAUUAAAAAGGGGUGGCUAAUCUGUCAUGAUUCAGGAGUAAAAGUUCCUCGUAAUUUUCGUCUGUUGGAAGAACUUGAAGAAGGUCAGAAAGGAGUGGGUGAUGGAACGGUUAGCUGGGGCCUUGAAGAUGAUGAAGAUAUGACACUUACAAGAUGGACAGGAAUGAUUAUUGGGCCUCCAAGAACAAUUUAUGAAAACAGAAUAUACAGCCUUAAAAUAGAAUGUGGGCCUAAGUAUCCAGAAGCACCUCCAUUUGUAAGAUUUGUAACAAAAAUUAAUAUGAAUGGAGUAAAUAGUUCUAAUGGAGUGGUGGACCCCAGAGCCAUAUCAGUCCUAGCAAAGUGGCAGAAUUCUUAUAGUAUCAAAGUUGUUCUGCAAGAGCUUCGGCGUCUAAUGAUGUCUAAAGAAAAUAUGAAACUUCCUCAGCCACCUGAAGGACAAUGUUACAGCAAUUAAUUAAAAAAAAAAAACCACAAAACAAACAUGCCCCCCUUAUUCAAUUUAAGCUGUCUUCAUUUUCCACAGUAGUAAAUUUUCUAGAUGCAUCUUGUAGACCUCAAAAUACUGGAAAGGAAGUUCCCAUUCAAAGGAGGUUUUUCUUGAGAUACUGUAAAUGAUACUAAUUUUUUUCAUUUGAAAUAUAAGUUGUGCUAUAACAAAUAAUCCUGUUGUGUAACCACUGUCCACAUAGCUGAACUUCUGGUAUCAGGAAAAGUCUAUUUAAAUUUAUUACUGUCAAGACCAGUGUGGCACAUCUAACUUAACUGUGAAAGCAUACAUCCCACAAUCACCUUGCUGUGUGUCUGGCCUGUUUUUUGUUGUGGUUUUUUUUUUUUUUUUUUUCUUUUUCUGUCUUUUGCAAUAGAGUCGAAGCUCAGGGCUAUUUAUUAGAGUAGACACAAAGGUUUUUGCUUCCAGUACUACACUGGGCUUUAUGGACUACUAACGGGGGUGCGUGCUAACCUCAGUCAUCCCUCCCUUUGUGCUAUCUCUAGUAAAGGCUGAAUGUGACUGUGGUCGUUUUUGGUUUUUUAUUAUUUUUUUUUAAACGCCCUGAUAAUCUGGGGCAAGCUUUCCUUCUUCCCUUUGGCCAAGGCAUAGAUUGUAUUUCUCUUUCUGGACCCCCUCACCAGUGACAUGGGCUUUGGAUGAGGGAUCCAGGGUUCUUUUAAUCUCUUCCCUCCUCCCCUCUUUUUAGUGGGGGUGCUGCUUUCUUUUUGCCCCUCUUGGUGACUCUUCUCACCCUGACCAGCAGGAGUGAGUGCUGGGGCAAUAACUUGACCUGUUCCCUUCGGCUUGUCCUUUUGGUUUUGCAACAAAUUUAGUCUUCACCAGCCUGGGAACAAGAGUAUCUGUUCUGCUCGCAAACUUGGAUUUUCCCUGUCCCUCCAGCACUGCUGCCACACCGCCAAGCUGGCCACGGCUGAUGUUGUUAGAUAGGCUUUUGACGUGGUGAAAAGAGCAGUAAUUUACCAGGAUUGCCGAAAUCUUCUGCUGCCAAACUUUAAUGGAGAGACUCUGUACGUAGAGAUUCUAAACACACACUCCAGCUCAAAUAGUUGUAUUUUGGUGCUUUGGAUUGACCCAAGAAUGUUAAUUAACGAAAUCUUGCACUUAUGUUUGGCCCUUCUAAAGAUGUGACAACUACAGACAAAUCAAAUCAAUGUAGUAGAUUUUGUUAGAAUUAUGUAAGUCUUGGAAGAGAAAUCUCUUCAGUGGAGAUUUUGGGGAAGUGGUGCAUACAGCAGAUGGAGGACCUUAAUUGGCUUUGCAUCCUGGCAAAUCACUGCCUUUUCUGGUUUACUGUUUUGGACCACUGACUGCUGAAAUGUGGAUGCAAGCUUACAUACAACCAACCUAGUGUGUCCUAAGUUUUAUGACAAAUUCAGUGUUUGUGUAAAAAAAGAAAAAAAAAACAAAAAGGAAAAAAAAAGAAAAAAGUAAAAAUAAACACAAUUUAAAGCAGCAGCUAUCAAGUCAAUGAACAAUUGAUGUUUCCAUUAACUCUUUUGAGACAAAUAUUAGUUGUAAGGAUUUAACAUCCUCUGUAAUUAAAGUUUAACAUAACAGUAUUCCAUAAGCAGCCUUUUUAUUGUAUCAGACCAUUGCCUGAUUUUAAUAUAAUAAAAAGUGUGCAUUAAUAUUAGAAGGCUUUAAUUGUAUUUAUGUUUAGAA